AUGAGAUUGCUGCUGCUCACAACGGCGGCUAUCGUAGCCCAAACAGGGGCAUUCUCUCUGAACUUCUUCUCCACGGAGGCAGAAAAACCAUAUCUUCAUGCAGGUUCCCCUGCUUUGACCGAUCCAUCUUCAGCUCGUGUUAAGAGACAAGCUUACCAAGUUUAUGUUGAUGGUGAUUCUACUGUAUCCGUUGAUAAGUCUGGACAAGCCGAAACUGGAGCCUGGGGACAAUGGUCAUCUGAAGCUCAGUGUUCUCGUACCUGUGGUGGAGGAGUUCAAGUCGAAAAGCGUCAGUGCAGCGGUGAAUGUACUGGACCCUCUGUUCGCUACGUAUCUUGCAAUCUUGAGCCAUGUUCUGAGGGAACUGAUUUCCGUGCUGAACAAUGCGCUAAGCACAAUGAUGAUGCUCUAGAUGGUAAUUACCACAAAUGGAUUCCAUACAAGGGAAAGAACAAAUGCGAACUUCUCUGUAAACCAGAAAUCGGUAACUUCUAUUACAAAUGGGCUGAAAACGUUGUUGAUGGAACCACUUGUGAUAGCUUCAGUGAUGAUAUCUGUGUUGAGGGAGUCUGUCUUCCAAUUGGCUGUGAUGGAAAGCUUGGAUCAGCUAAGAAGGUUGAUAAGUGUGGAGUAUGUGAUGGAGACGGUUCAACCUGUAAAACCAUCGAAGGAGGAUUCGACGAGAGAAAUCUCAGCCCUGGAUACCAUGAUGUUAUGAAGCUUCCAGUUGGAGCUACUGCCAUCAAGAUCAUUGAGGCUAGACCAAGCUCUAACAAUUUGGCUUUGAAGAACUCUUCUGGACAUUUCUAUCUUAAUGGAAACGGAAUGCUUCAAGUUGAAAAGGAAGUUAUCGCUGGUGGAGCUGUUUUCGAAUACGAUGACGACAAGCCAGAGCGUAUCACUGCUAGCGGACCACUCAAGGAGGAAAUCACCGUCUCUCUUCUCUUCCGUAAGGGUAACAAAGACGCUGCCAUCAAGUACGAAUUCUCCAUCCCACUCGAGGAGGAAGUUGAUUACAUGUACAAGCCAGGAGACUGGUCUGAAUGCUCAGUUACUUGCGGAAAAGGAUUGAUCACCCGUACCCCAUUCUGUAUUGAUACUAAGACUCAAGCUCGUGUAAAUGAUGAUCUCUGUGACCAGAACAAUGCCACCAAGCCAGAGUUCGAGAAAGAGUGUGAGACCGUUGAUUGUGCUGCUGAAUGGUUCGAAGGAGAAUGGGAGCAAUGCUCUCAAUCUUGCGGAGAUAACGGAGAACAGUAUCGUGUUGUUUAUUGCCAUCAGAUCUUUGCCAAUGGACGUCGUAUUACUGUAGAUGAUGGAAACUGUACUGCUACUCGUCCAUCUGUUCGUCAGUCAUGCAACAGAUUCUCCUGCCCUGAAUGGCAAGCUGGACCAUGGUCUGCUUGUUCCGAGAAGUGCGGAGAAGCUCACCAAUACCGAUCUGUUACUUGUCGCUCCGAAAAAGAAGGAGAAGAAGGAAAACUUUUGCCAGCUGAAUCUUGCGAUGCCGAUGUUCAACUCGAAACUCAAAGAACAUGCAACCUUGGACCAUGCGAAGGACUUACUUUCCAAACAACUGAAUGGAAAUUGUGCUCCAAAUGUAACGAUACUGAAGAAACCCGCGAAGUUACUUGCAAAGACACCAACGGUAGAGCUUACCCUCUUGAGAAAUGCUUGACUGACAAUAGCACUGAAAUCCCUAUCGAUACCAGAUCAUGCGCCACUGUUCAACCAUGUGUCUAUGAAUGGACCGCCUCUCAAUGGUCAAGAUGCUCCACCGAAUGUGGACAUGGACACCAAACUCGUCGUGUUGUUUGCGCUAUUCAUCAAUUGGGAGAUCUUGAAGUUGUUGAUGAAGGUCUCUGUCAAGGAGAAAAGCCAGAGGAACGCAAAAACUGUACCAAUGAAGAAAAAUGCACUGGAACUUGGUACACUGGACCAUGGACUCAAUGUACCUUGGAGUGUGGAGGUGGUGAACAAGAACGUCUCACUGUUUGUCUCAACUAUGACAAGAAGCCCGUCCCUGAGUGGUGUGAUGAAGCUGAGAAGCCCGCUGAAAAGCAGGAGUGUAACGCAGAAGCUUGUCCAACUUGCUUCGACUCUGACUUUGGAUGCUGCCCCGAUAACUCAACUUUCGCUACUGGCGAAUAUUUCUUCGGAUGUUCCAACUGCUCCGAGACUGAAUUCGGAUGCUGCGGCGAUAACGUUACUGAAGCUACUGGUGCCAACCUUCUCGGAUGCCCAGAAUUCGUUGAGAGUGUUUUGUCUGCUAGCGACUUGAAAGAAGCUGAAACCGCCGCUGAGGGUGUCGAAGGAUCUGGAGAUGCUGAGCCAGCCGAAUGCCAAGUCACCAAUGAGAACGGAGAUGAAGCAACUGUUGAUUGCAAGGCAGCUAACUUGACUGCUACUGAAGACUUCGAUUUAUUGGGUAAUGAGACAAUUGAUGGAAACGCUACCAUCCACUGUUCAAAGACCGAAUUCGGAUGUUGCCCCGAUUGGUACACUCCAGCUAGUGGAAAGAACAACGAAGGAUGUGAAUCAUUCGUUCUUGGAAACUGUAAUGGAACUGAAUUCGGAUGUUGUAUUGAUGAAGUCACACUUUCCCGUGGUGCCAAUUAUGAAGGCUGUGGAGAACCAUCUUGUGCUGCUUCACUUUACGGAUGCUGUAAAGAUCGUAAGACUAUCGCUUUCGGUCCUCACUAUGCUGGUUGCGAACGUUCUUCAUUCCCAUGUGAACUCUCUACAUUCGGAUGCUGCCCAGAUGGUGAAACUGCUGCUCUCGGCAAAAACGGAACUGGAUGUGGUGAAAACUGUCUCACUACCAAGUUCGGUUGCUGCCCUGACGGAAAGACCACCUCCAAGGGACAUAACAAUGAGGGAUGUGGAUGUGAAUUCUCUCAAUACGGAUGUUGCCCCGACGGAAAGAGCGUCGCCAAGGGAUCAUCUUUCCUCGGAUGCCCAGAGAGCUGCGCUCAGAAACAAUUCGGAUGUUGCCCAGACGGAAAGACCGCUGCUCUUGGAGCCAACAAGGAGGGUUGUCCUUGCCAAUACACCAGAUAUGGUUGUUGCCCUGACGGUGAAACCACAUCUUUGGGUCCAAAGUUAGAAGGAUGUGACGAUUGUCGUUACGGAAAGCAUGGAUGUUGCCCAGACGGAAUCACCAAGGCGCGUGGACCAAAUGAACAAGGAUGUCCAGCAACUACUACUCCACCAUUCAUCAUUGACGGAACUGUAUCUCCUCUCAAGAUCCAAGCUUGUGAACUGCCACAAGAUACUGGAUCCGUUUGCAAUGCUGGAUACAAGCUCGCCUGGUACUAUGAUGUUCAAGAAGGACGUUGCUCUCAAUUCUGGUUCGGAGGAUGUGGAGGAAACGAAAACCGCUUCCAGACAAAAGAAAUGUGUGAAACUAUCUGCGUUGAACCACCUGGCAAGGGAAGAUGCUACUUGCCCAAGAUUGAAGGACCUAAGCGUUGUCAAGAAAACACUGCCAGAUACUACUAUGAUGUUGCCACCAACAGCUGCAGAGCCUUCUGGUGGAGCGGAUGUCUCGGAAAUGCCAAUAACUUCGCUGAUUGGGAAGAGUGCAGCAAAUUCUGUGACAACGUCAAGGCUGUUGAAGCUCCUGCUCCAGUCGUUGCUGAACAACCUCAAGCUCCUUACGAAUAUCAACCAAUUGAUAUUGAUGUUGCCGUUCAAAAUAACCAACCAGUUGAUCCACGACCAGUCCUAACCAUGGAAGAAAUCUGUCGUUUGAAUCUUGAUUCUGGAGCAUGUGACACAUUCUCUGAGCGAUUCUACUACGAUGCUUCAAGAGGAAGUUGCCAACCUUUCACAUUUGGAGGAUGUGGUGGAAACACCAACAACUUCAGAACUUCUGAAGAAUGCUACCAGAGAUGUGGAUUCCUCAACCCCAAUGCUGCUGCUGUUGCUCAGCAACAUCUCCAACAAGCUCCCCAACAGCAAUCUAGACAAGAAGUUAUCAUCCCACCUAAUGCCAUCGUUGAGAGACCAGCCCCAAUCGUUUCAUCUGAUGGAAAAUCUCGUGAAGCUUGUCAAAUGAAGAUUGCCGUCGGAACUUGCAAGGGUGCAUUCGAAAGCUGGUACUAUGAAGUUGCCACCGGUAGCUGUGUCACAUUCAAAUAUUCUGGAUGUGGUGGAAAUGGAAACAGAUUCACCAGCCAGCAGGCUUGCGAGGAUCUCUGCGUCGCCCCAGCCGCUCAAGUUAUUCCCGAUGGACCUCCAGGAUCUAAUGCUGUUUGCGACGAAGCUAAGGAUACUGGCCCAUGUAACAACUUCACCACCAAGUGGUAUUACAACAAGGCUGACGGUACUUGCGCUCGUUUCCAUUACGGAGGUUGCCAAGGAACUGGAAACCGUUUCGAGAAUGAGCAAGAUUGUAAAGCAGCUUGCAGCAAUCAUAAAGACCUUUGCUCUUUGCCUAAGGUGCAAGGACCAUGUUCUGGAAAACACCUCUACUACUAUUUCAAUCAAGCAACAAAUAAAUGCGAAACAUUCACUUUCGGAGGUUGUCUCGGAAACACCAACAGAUUCUCAACUGUCGAAGAAUGCAAUGCUCGUUGCCCACAACAACAACAACAACGACAACAGCCACAAGAAGCUCCCGCAAAUAUGAUCUCGCUAGCCAAGAAUGCUGAACAAUCUCAACUUCAACUUAUUCCCACUGGACACAAAGCCUAUGAGGUCAUACAAUCGCAUGCAUCAUUAACAGAUCGAUGUUUUCUUCCUAAAGAAACGGGACGUUGUAGAAAUGUGCAAGUGAAGUACCACUAUGACGCCACAUUAGGCCAGUGCGUUCAAUUUUACUAUAGUGGUUGUGACGGAAACGACAACCGUUUCGAUAGUGAAGAAGAAUGCCAAUCUCUUUGUUCACCGCAUCAGGCUUUAACAAUUCAUGACAACUACAAUAUAGCAGCAGAUGGAUCGGCGAAACCCUUGAUUGUUGAUGGUAUCGAUAGUGGGAAAUAUGAAUCUAUAAAUCCUGUCCGAACAAUUGAAUCGUUCAGUACUGAACAGAAUGAUUUGAAUCUUCGUAUGCUGGAUAAGGAAGAGCAUAACGUGAAAAUAAGACAACCAGUUUCUUCGUCCAUACCAGAGCUUUGUCAACUGCCAGAAGAGAAAGGAUCAUGUUUUGGAAGCAUUCUGCGCUGGAGAUACAACACGGAAACAAGCGGUUGUGUCGCAUUUUUGUUCAGUGGAUGUGAUGGCAAUGCUAAUCACUUUACAAGCUUGGAGUCUUGUGAAAGAGCAUGUGGAACUGACCGAGAUGUAGAUGUAUGCUCAUUAGAAAUGAAUGCUGGGGAUUGCGAAGAGUCGGUUACAAAAUGGUACUACAGUUCGAGACUAGGUCGUUGUCAGAUGAUGUUGUACACUGGCUGUGGAGGAAACGGGAACAGGUUUUCGUCCCGCGAAGAAUGUGAAUCGUUAUGUAAAGAAGAGAUGCACUACGGAGAUCAACAGAAUAUUUGUAAUGUUCCACGUUCAUCUGGUCCUUGUCAAGAUGCUAUAUCAAUGUGGUACUAUGAUAAACCUAUGAAGGAAUGUAGGCUAUUCACAUAUUCUGGAUGCAGAGGAAGUAAGAACAGAUUCAUAUCAAAAGGUGAAUGCGAAGAAGCAUGCCAUGUUUAA